AUGACUUCCGACUUCCCUAUCGCGGACCUAGCAAAUAAUUUGAUCCGUAGACUAGACCGAACCAGAAUUUUUCCCCCCUACCAUAAUAAUCCAGAAGACCUCCUUCCUGUCCUUAAUGCAUCCAGAACAUGUCAUCCAAGAAGAUCUCCGAACAGUUUUCUUCUCUGUCGUAAGAAUGUUCACGAAGAGGCAAAGAGGAAUGGAACAUUCAACAUGAGAAUUGUUAGUAAGGUAACAGGAAUUCUUUGGCGUGAAGCCACUGAUAGGGAGAAACAAUUUUAUGAUGACUUAGAUCCUGUUCCACCACCACCUCCUCUUAUGCAAGUACUUCAACCUGAUUUACCUACAGAGUUCAUAACGAUGCAAUUCGAACCUUUGUUUCUACAAAGUUUUCCUUAUUAUAAUAUCGGUCUUUAUUCUCAAGAUUUUAAUCCGACAUAUGAUUCGGAUGAUACGAUGUUGUUUUUUCCAAUAAUCAGUAAUAACCCUCUCGCUCUUGAUUUUCAGAAUAUUUAA